UCCAUUGCCGUCCCCAGACCUUGUUCCUCCCCUCGUCCGCGUGCCCCGCAUCCCGGUUUCCGCCAUCGCCCAACGAACCAUUCCGCCUGACCUCGCCGACGCACGCCUCCCGAAGGAUCCUGCGACGGGAGCUCGUCGGCUGGAAUUCCGCUCCUGUUGUCGCUGCCCGCCGCCUCCUGCGCGCUGCUGCUGCCCCAGGUGCGCCGAUCGAUCCGGACCUGGAUUGAUUCAUCCGUUGUGUUCGCUGAUUUGGGGAUUUCUUUGCUGCGCGGUGGAUUGCUAAAUCCUGUUUUGUUCUCUAAAUCUGCAUCUGUCAUUGAAAUUUGCCUAUCUCACUGAGUCAUACAAUUAUACUGCCUAUCUAUGAAAUUGGCCAUUUGUCAUUGAAAUUUGCAAAGGACAGAUCCACAGUCCAGUGUAUGUUACUACAGUCCCUCUGUAGAUUUAUCCCUGCUCACCUAUGAUUGCUUUUAACCCCUACUAGAACAAAAGGGGAAAAAAAACCUUCUCACGUGAGUGCUUCCAGGAUCAACUUAUCAUCCCAUGAGUUAGACUUGAGUACUGACAAGCAUGCACAAAAUCACAAGCAUGAGUUAAUGCUCCUGAGUGAGCUAGAUGUGUUGACGAAAUUACGAAGACUCCCACAACAAUCCACAUGCUUAGGUGCUAUUCAACCAAAAGGUGUAUAGGAUCACCGCUCGAUCUAGAUGUGCUUGAUCCUUCUUUUUGAUAUCUAUUCCUCAGCCCACUGGAUUCCUUGACUGGUGUGGAUUGUUCAUGGUCUAUAUGCAUUUUUCCCAGCUUAAAUACAUCUAGAGUGUGGUAGAAAAACCCACAACUGCCAGCAUAAACAUGUGUCAAAUUAAACUGUGCAACUGCUUAUGUGUUAGGAAAACGAAUUGAUUGUCCAUAGCAUUCAGCUAUAUUUUGUAUUGUAGGAAAGCACACCAUUCCCAAAUGAAGCACAUAUUCAAGAUUGUUGCAAUACUGGUAGCGAUCUCAUCCAUCUGGAUUGCUCUCCUUGAAACCUCAACUAUUCCUCGAAGUUAUACUUGGCUGCUCCCCAUCUACUUGGUAGUGGCUCUUGGAUGUUACGGACUUUUUAUGGUUGGAUUUGGACUUAUGUUCUUCCCAACUUGUCCUCAAGAAGCUAUACUACUACAACAGGAUAUUGUGGAAGCAAAGGAAUUCUUAGCAAAGAAGGGUGUUGAUGUGGGCUCUGAGUGAGGUCAAUCUCAGCGAUUAACAUUCAUGACCAUUUUGAAGGAUCACCAUUCUGUUCCUUGGAAUAGGUUCACUAUGUUCAGCACUCUUACUAACACAGAUUUAGUGAGUUGGCAUGCUACAAUUAUGCUUUUAAGAUCCUGGUGUUCUUGAAGCUUCAACAAGUGCUUUGUUGUUCUAGGGACAUUUGCUUGGAUUUUCCAUCAGUGGACAUGUUUGUAUCAGUUGGGCCAUGCAGUAUCACCUUAUGAGUUGCUUGCACUUGCAAGCCCUUUUGAUGACUCGAUUUUUGAAA